UAUGAGAUAUCUCCGUCUUGCAGGGAUGUACAUUGCCUUCGAUGAUGGGUUGUUAUAUACAAACCUUUUGUUUUAAAAGUUUUGAGUUGUGAAAAUAAAAAUUCUGCUGGCUGGUUUUCUAAUGUUGAUAUGAUAUGAUCAUUAAAACAACAUUUUGAUAUAUUCCUAAUUUCUGCUAGUUUUCCAUUUCUUUAUUUAUUCGUUAUUUCGCUCUUCGUGAGAGUAACUUACAAUCUUCUUCUUCCUGAUGGCUAGCAGCUACUAGCACUUAAGAAAGAGACCUAUUUAAUGUUGACAUUUGGUGUUUUUAUUUAUAUUAUAUAUUUUUGAAAGACGAAGUUGAAAAACUUGUUACGCCAAGGAAAAGUAGAUUUUGUGCAUUACUUUUGCUUUGUUUAAUUUUCACAAAAUAAAACUUUUUGAAAUACUGAAGGAUGUUGUUUUAAUUCAAUAAAAACUCAAAAUAACAAAUUCCUCCAAAUUAAAAAUCUAUGGAGAAAAAUUGUGACUUAUAUAAAAUAUCUGAAGUGAAUAACUGUGACGAUGAUGAUAAUUUUUGCAAUACAAACAAAAGUAACAAAUUAAAAUGGUGGUCAGUACCCGAGCCAAUAUUAUUUCGAAUAUACUGGAUGCUACCAAUAAAGGACUUAUUGAAUGCAGGAGCGACUUGUAAACGAUGGUUUACCCUCUCAAAUGACGAACUUAUGUGGAAACAGAAAUUUUUACUUCAUUAUAAAGUGGAUGCUACAGUAGGACUCAAACCAGGAGCUGAAUCAUGGAAGAGUGAAUAUAAACGUUUAAACUGGAAUAUACCAUUAGUUCAAGCACAGCGCCUUGAAGGCCAUACACAUCAAGUGCUUCAUGUCAGCUUUUCACACAAUGGGGAAAUGUUUGCCACUUGUUCAAAAGAUGGUUACGUAAUCGUCUGGAAUUCAGUUCAUCCUUGCACAGAGAAGUAUUCGCACAACAUGAAGCAGUUUAGUUGGAAAUAUACUCAAUAUUCCCAAUUUAAUCAAAGUGAUACCCUUCUUCUCGUAUCUGGUGUACAUUUCGGAUCUCCAAUAAGUACAUCUGGAGAAAUCGCAGUGUUCACUGUGGACGGAAAAGAUGGAUCCCGUUUACGUUGCCGUGUAGUAAAUCGCCCAUAUGACAUAUUUGGGACAUGGUUCAGUGACCAAUAUCUAAUAUCUGGAGAUUUACAUUGGCUAGCUCAUCUGCUAAGUUAUUCUGAACUAUGGUUAAAUAAGGCCAAUCAGGAAAUUGAUUCGGAGCAUGUACCUAUUAUGAAUAAAUUGUAUAAGUUUUAUAACAAAAAUGCUAGUUCUGUACGGGCUUUAAUGGUAGCUAAGUGUCCGUGGUUAGAUAACUCAAAUGACCCUUUGGCCGAAGAACUUAGCAGCUCAAAGCAGUCUUUUGGCGAAGUACCAGUUUUAAAUGAAACGGAACCAACACCAACAACUUCUGCAGGAAAUCCACUUUCUCAUGCAGCCACAUUACGAAGAUCACAACGUAGUGCUACACCCGAGUAUCUAUUAGACAUACUUCAACAAAGUGUAUCUACUUCCACGAACACUAUUACUUCAUUUGGAAAUAUUUCAAAUCAUAACGACUCCACUAUUCGUUAUUUAGACGAAUUUCGGCGUGAAUAUCCUACCGAUAAUGAAGGGCACACAUCGGAAGAAUCUGAUGAUGAUAUGGAUUUUACUGAUGACAACGAGGAUGAAAUGGAGAACUCUGUACCCAAAUACUUAAUAUUUUCAACUGGAUCGAAAACUUAUACACCACACCAAAUUGGAAUUAAACGUAUACGAAAUGUAACAUUUCCAAAAAAACUUGAUCCCGGACCUUCACUAAAAGAAAGAAUUGCCGCAAAAAAGGCGGCCGAAAGAGAGAAUCAAUUACGAGCUGAUCCUGAUUGGUGGAAUUAUGACUCCAUUGCUCAUUUAUUUGACACUGUAGACAAAGUAAUAGACUUACAUGGACACAUUAUUGGUAUGGCGUUAAGUCCUGAUCAUCGUUAUUUAUAUGUCAAUACCAGACCGUGGCCAAAAAAUUAUGUGAUAACUAACGCGCUAGAACCACCUCCAAUUGCGCAGGAAAUAGACAUUCACGUUAUUGAUUUAAUGUCCUUGAAACGAGUGGGUAACAUGUUACGUGCUCAUAAAGCUUAUACUCCAAGUACAGAGUGUUUUUUCAUAUUUCUCGACGUAUGUGAAGAUUAUGUCGGCAGUGGCGCGGAAGAUAUGCACGCAUAUCUUUGGGAUCGAUAUUAUGGCAUAUGCCUUGCGAAAUAUAGACAUGCUGAUGUGGUAAAUAGCGUUGCAUUCAAUUCUCGGGACUCGCAAAUGCUCGUAACUACCAGUGAUGAUUACACCAUUAAGAUUUGGCGUUCACGAGCAAAGGCAAAAGAAUUCAACAUCAAAUCAAGAAAUCAUAAUGAAGCUUUUGAAUUAAAAAAACGGUUUAUAUAACGCUCAAUGGAAAAGGAUGAUUAUCCGUAAGUACUUACGUUUGGAUAAAUGAAUUCUAAAAAUAAUUCCUUUAGCACAUGAAAAUGCUUGAAAGGCAGAUUUAAAAAAAUAUUGUUCCAAAAAUAGAUUUGAUCUAAGAUAGUAUAAUCUUUUUCGAAGUAUUCUCAUUAUAAAGUUUUAGAGGAUAUAUAAAUGCAUGGGUUUCUAUUAUAUUAAAUAUAUGGAACAGAAAUUAUGAAAUAAGUUUGUUGAUACAUUUUGCAUGUUUAUUUAUGUUAUAUAUAUUAAAGGAUGUCACUUAAUAAGUUUGUAAUAGGUUAUGAAAAGAUGUAAAAUGGUAAAUUUUUGGUUCAAAUUAUGAAUGUAACAGAGGUGCAAAUAAACCAAUAAUGGAAAAAAAAUUAA